ACCAAAGAAUACCAGAAAAGAAAAACACAAAGAGGAGAACAAAGAAAGCAAAUUACGAGCUACGUAUAGAAGAUAUCAGAGAGUGAUAUGCUUGGCAAUUCUAAGUAUGCAGAGCAACAGCAACGACAACAAUAACAGCAACAUGAUGGUCGCUCCGUCGCUACCAUCAGCCGGGUAUUUAGGAGGAAUGACCAAAGCCUCGCAACCGCAACCGCAGUCGCAGCUGCCGUUGAAAUGUCCGCGUUGCGACUCGUCGAACACAAAGUUCUGCUACUACAACAACUACAGCCUCUCACAGCCUCGGCACUUCUGCAAGGCUUGCAAGAGGUAUUGGACAAGAGGAGGCACUCUUCGAAACGUCCCUGUCGGCGGCGGCUGUCGGAAGAACAAGCGCGUUAAGAGAAGAAUUGAUGUUUCUUCUGCUUCCACCACUUCUAAUUCUUCCUCUCGGAUGAAUCAUUUUGGUUACGUCCAUCCUUUGCUCUGUGGGUUAUCAGAUGUGACUGGUGCAGGUAAUAAUCUUCCAAUGGCUUCGAGCAAUUCAAAGGGUUUCGAGAGUGGUUUUAGGUUUAAUGGCCUUGGUGAUCUUGGAUUAGGGUUUCCAAAUAUAGGUGACCAUAUGAUCAACCUGGAUUCUGCAACUAAAAAGCCCUUUUUUUCGGGUUUAUUCGGGUCUUUGUCUUCUUCGUCUACGUCUUCCAUGGCUGCUCUAUUGGCUUAUUCAACUUCUCACCCACAGAAGUUCAUCAACGGAGGUCAUCACAUCCCAAGGAACAGCGAGAUAUUAGGACGAAACAAUCUGCAAACCCUAGCUUCACCCCAAGAUUUCCAUGUCAAUGAAGCUGAAAUAGUGAUGAACAAAGAAGGGAAGCCUGAUCAUCAGAUUCAGAGCUCUGGGUAUAUUGGGUUGUCAUAUGCAGAUCCCUCAAGCUUCAAUACAAAUGCUGUCGGAGCCUGGCUUGAUCCGACAACUAAUGUUGUCUACUCUCUCACUUCUUUGAUCUAAUCCAAUAAACACAAAACCGCCUAAAGUUCUCUC